AUCGAACGGGCAUCAGCAGCCUGCGCACGUAUCCCCGAGGUCCGGAGACCUUCGUCCGGCGCAGGUCCAUGGAGGAAGUACCAGGAAAGAAGUUUAGUAGGAAUUACACACAAUGGACUCAGGAGAUGGACAGCGCCUUGCUAGAUGUAUUUGUUGAGCAUCACAACAAUGGUGAUCGUGCCCAGAACGGAUGGAAGUCACAUGUGUACCGUGCUGCUAUCAAAGCUGUUCGCGAAAAGUGUGGGGUCGAUGUCACAAAGGAGAAAAUUGUAUCAAGGUUGAAAACUUUUGACAAGCACUAUGAGAUAGUUAGCAAAAUUCUUUCUCAAAGUGGAUUUGGUUGGGACUGGGAAAAGAAUGUCUUACAACUUGAGAGUGAUGAAGUGUGGGAAAGAUAUGUGGAGGCUAAUGAAAAAGCAGCUCCAUACAAGAACAAAGUAAUCCGCAAUUGGAAUGAGAUAUGUACAAUUUACUCAAAAGACCAUGCGACCGGGCUAGGUGCUCGGACAGGAGCUGAGUCGACGGAUCCAGAGGUGAUACAACCAGCUGUAGAAGCCAAUGAUACAUCUCCUGAAGCAGUUGGUCCAUCACCAAAGAGGCCACGUACUGGUGAAGCAAUUAUGUGCAUGCUUGGAAGUUUGAAGACAUCUUUUGAUGAUGCCAUGAAGUCAACCGAGCCACUACAGCAGCCGCAGGUUACUCCUCCUUCCGUCAUGCUUGCUACAAUUGAAGCCGUACCUGAUAUGUCCAGAACUGAACAGCUGCGAGCUUAUGCGAAGCUAACUGUCAGUGAGCGUUUAUUCCAUUCACUUCUUGAGCUCCCACUGGAUGCUAGAAAGGAAUGGCUGCUUAUGUUACCUUGAAUAACUUGUAACCGUAUCGGAAUUUCUAUGAACCACCGUUUCUAGACUAUGUCUUUUGUAUGAUUUUCGACAGUGAUGUAUCUCAUCUUAUGUGCUUGCUUUUGAUGGAUUAUGAAUGGAACUAUAUAUUAUGUUGUCAAACUUAUGUACAAAUUUAUUGUUAUUCGUAUAUUCUUUGCUUGUUAAUGAGACAACAAAAAUAUUGUGCAUGUUCUGUACAUAAUAUAGUGUAUAUGAUCGAAUUCUCCUAGGACUGAAAUACAUCACUUUGAGCAUCCGAACAACAUUUGGCAUUCAACUUCAAUAUCUACUCUAGUUCCGAAUAUCUAGCACAUCCAAACAGAAAAUAUUGACAUUCACUCUCAAUAUCAAUAUCCUGGG